AUGGUGACCGGGGACCACCCCAUCACGGCCAAAGCCAUCGCCAAAGGCGUCGGCAUCAUCUCCGAGGGCAACGAGACGGUGGACGACAUCGCCGAGAGACUCAACAUCCCCCUGAGCGAAGUCGACCCCAGGUCUGAACUAACACUGACGAUACGGUCCUGGUCCUGGUCCAGUACCACACAGACUCACAGAACCACAGCAGCAGGUCCUGGUCCAGUACCUCACAGACUCACAGAACCACAGCAGCAGGUCCAGGUCCAGUACCACACAGACUCACAGCAGGUCCAGGUCCAGUACCACACAGAACCACAGCAGCAGGUCCAGGUCCAGUACCACACAGACUCACAGAACCACAGCAGCAGGUACAGUACCACACAGACUCACAGAACCACAGCAGCAGGUACAGUACCACACAGACUCACAGAACCACAGCAGCAGGUCCAGGUCCAGUACCACACAGACUCACAGAACCACAGCAGCAGGUACAGUACCACACAGACUCACAGAACCACAGCAGCAGGUCCAGGUCCAGUACCACACAGACUCACAGAACCACAGCAGCAGGUCCAGUACCACACAGACUCACAGAACCACAGCAGCAGGUCCAGGUCCAGUACCACACAGACUCACAGAACCACAGCAGCAGGUCCAGUUCCAGUACCACACAGACUCACAGAACCACAGCAGCAGGUCCAGGUCCAGUACCACACAGACUCACAGAACCACAGCAGCAGGUCCAGGUCCAGUACCACACAGACUCACAGAACCACAGCAGCAGGUCCAGGUCCAGUACCACACAGACUCACAGAACCACAGCAGCAGGUCCAGGUACAGUACCACACAGACUCACAGAACCACAGCAGCAGGUCCAGGUCCAGUACCACACAGACUCACAGAACCACAGCAGCAGGUCCAGGUCCAGUACCACACAGACUCACAGAACCACAGCAGCAGGUCCAGGUCCAGUACCACACAGACUCACAGAACCACAGCAGCAGGUCCAGGUCCAGUACCACACAGACUCACAGAACCACAGCAGCAGGUCCAGGUCCAGUACCACACAGACUCACAGAACCACAGCAGCAGGUCCAGGUCCAGUACCACACAGACUCACAGAACCACAGCAGCAGGGAGGCCAAGGCCUGUGUGGUGCACGGGUCAGACCUGAAGGACAUGAGUGCGGAGGGUCUGGACGAGCUCCUGAGGCACCACACCGAGAUCGUGUUCGCUCGCACCUCGCCCCAACAGAAGCUCAUUAUCGUGGAGGGGUGCCAGAGACAGGGAGCCAUCGUGGCGGUGACAGGAGACGGUGUGAACGACUCUCCGGCUCUGAAGAAGGCAGACAUUGGCGUUGCCAUGGGGAUCACCGGCUCAGACGUGUCCAAACAGGCCGCAGACAUGAUCCUUCUGGACGAUAACUUCGCCUCCAUCGUCACCGGAGUCGAGGAGGAGAACCUGACUGAGAACCUGACAGAGAACCUGACAGAGAACCUGACAGAGAACCUAAAGAGAAUCUACAGAGAACCUGACAGAGAACCUAAAGAGAACCUGACAGAGAACCUGACAGAGCACCUGACAUAG